GAGAGAGAGACACAGAGACAGAGUGAGAGAGAGAACAACAGGUGUAUAAGAGAUAGUUAGCAUGCAGACACACACACACACACACACACACACACACACACACAGACAUGAACAUGGACGCAGUUAAGACUUAACAAUUUCCCUGAAACUGAAACUGAAGCUAAAUUUGACGGUUUUUCCUCCAUAGCUGAUCCACAGCUGUCGUCCUUCCUGUUUGCUCUCAGCUCCUGUUUACAUUUAUAAAUAUGACUCUUUUAACUUCCUAAUCAAACGUGCGCGUGAGUCCAGUUCGUCCGUCUAAACUUCCGGCUACAGCGAUGAAAACAUCCGGAAUAACUUUUCUGCCCUUUUUACUUUUAUAUCAAACAGCAUUAGCAGAUGAGGAGGAGGUUACAGUAAUCAGAGAGUUGGGGGAGAACGUCAUACUGCAAUGCCCUGAUCUCCCCUUCAACAGAACCCCAUCGCUGACCCGAUGGAGAAAGAGCCAGGUCGUGUUGGCCACCCAUAACCACUCUCAGCCUGAGAGCAUGCAACAUGUGGGACAUAUAUCAAUCCUGAGCAACAGCAGCUUGAACAUCGCUGGCUUGAUGAAAAUAGACCAGGCCGUGUAUAUGUGUGAGACUGAGCCGCCUUUCGACGCACACCGUAAAGUUCAGCUACUGGUCACAGAGGGUCCAAAGAACAUGGUGGUAGAAGUAACACCGGCGACGUCUCUCGCAAACGGAACAUGGUUUGCCGUGAAAGCCUCCACCAUUACUAUAAACUGUUCGAGCACGUCGUUCCCCUCACAGAACCUGACCUGGAUGUUUGAGGAUUUGGCUCGGAAUGAAAACCAAAGCAGGGCGUUUGGGAAUAAAUCAUGUCUGCACAUUGAGUUCACUAACAUUCAGCCUGAGGAUCAGAGAAACUACACGUGCCUCGCUCAGAACGUCCUCUCCAUGAAAACCGAGACACGGAGACUGGAACUGCUCGUCUACUAUGCUCCAGAGAUUCAUCCAGACUGUUUUUGGCACGAUGGAUCUCAGCUUGAUCAGAUCCUCUUUAACUGCUCCUGGUACGGAGCUUACCCGACUCCAACGCUAACGAUCUUAUUGGACUCACAAACAGACAGGAAGCCUAAACUAAACAGAUCGCAGGAGACUGAGAACUUUGAGCUGCUUCUGAACAGGAGCAUGCUGUAUGAGGGCCAGAAGAUCACCUGUAUAGGACAACACAUGGCAUUAAAGCCUGGGGACAUAAAGAAAUGCACCUUCACACUUGCGGCUCCGUACCCGAUGGGACAACCAAUGGUUGCUGCACUGGAAGGAACGAACAUCACCCUCAAAUGCACCGAGUACAAGUCUCUGCCUCCUGCUAAAACCAUAUGGCAGCGAGGAGUAAAGCAAGAGCCCAUCAUUCCUAGCUCUAAGUACAUUGUUGUUGAGGAGGGUCCAAAUCUGAGCCUCACCAUAGUCAAUGCCACCAAAGACGAUCAGGGCGUGUAUUUCUGCUGGAGUGAAAACGUUCUCGCUGCCAAAGAACUGGAGGUCUACCUUACGAUCAGAUCUUCUUCAGAUAAGUCUGGAGCCAUGGUCGGAGUCUUCAUAUCAAUUUUAAUUUUAGCAGCUGGAAUCACUGUGGGCUAUUUCGUGUACACACGCCGUGACAGGAUUUGCCUAGGUUUCAGAUUUGGUCGUUUAAAUGACGACAACGCAGACGUGAUAAAUCUCGUCGAGUCGGACGAGGAAGACGUUUUCCACAACGCCGUUCCGAGACUCCCUUCUCUGACUAACGGCCACGUUUCUGCUUCAGAGACAACGCUCGUGGAAAUUCACCACGUUCAGUCCAGUGAUCAUGAAGAUAACACGAAUGAUACGGACUUAGACCAUUACAAGUAGGAUCACAAGAAGGAUCUUAAAGAGCCAGAUGGAAAAUAAAGACUUUUUUAGGGACUUUGAGGGCUUUAGAGACUCUACAGAAUUUACAAUUUCACUGGUUCAUUUUUCAAAUGCAGGGAUUUGAUUUUGCAAUGUGUGUGUGUGUGUGUGUGUGUGUGUGUGUGUGUGUGUGUGUUGGUUUUUUAUGUGCAUAUGAAAUACAAUCAGUUCUAUAAAAUAUACAAAUCAUUUUUGUUUGAUUACUUGCCCUGUUGUUUUGACCACAUUGUAGAUAAAAGCAUAAAGGCUUUGUGUGUGUGUGUGUCUGUGUGUGUUGUUGUUUUUUAAGUGAAUGUAUUUGGCUGUUUUCCCCCUUUCACUGUAAUUUGAAUGCAAAAUAAGUUUUACUUCAUUACUUCUCAGUGAUUUCUUGGAGAAUGAUGCAAUAUAACUUCUACUGUAAACUGUAUGCGGGUUUUUAGUGCAGUGAAAGAUGUCCUUUAUUUUUCAGAAUAAAUGCUUUCAUCUGAUGAGAAGUGACCGAACGUGUCAGGAAAAUGUUGUCACAAUGAGUCAUUUCUUUUUUAUUGGGCUAUAAGACAUUAUUAUAUCAGGGAUAUUUUAGAAAACAUUGGCAAGGUGUACAGAGAACCGUGUAAUUAUCUGUUCAUAUAAAUGAUCAUUGUUGUAUAUAUUUUACAUAGAAAAUAUUUCUUAACCUUUCAGUGUAAAUGUUGAUAGGAAAAACACUGCAAUCUAAUGAGGCAUCACGUGACAGGAUGUUUCUCACACUCCUCUGGUGGGAAUUAUGACUCUUUUCAGCGAGCCAGGUUAUUUACUUCGGCUCACCAAUAAGAGUCGACUCUUAAAACGGUUCAAUGGCAUUUUGUGCUGAACUGGACAAUGUUUACAGUAUAAUUUUCGUUUUUUUUUUUUUAAUAACUAAUUCUAUAUUUGGUGUAAGUUGUGUCUGCAUUAUCUACAUCUACAGCCGAAGAAAAGGAAAAAACAAACUUACGAGUCGACUCUUCACGUUCAGCCAAAAGAAUCGAUUCGUUUAUGAUCACCACAACACGACACAGCUCACUCUAUUCAACAAUCACCCAGAUCCUUCUAGGGGUGUUGUGAUUUAAAGGGGAAAUGAUUUAAAAGGAAACGAUUGUGUUUUGAUGCAUGUUUACAGAAAAUAAAGAUUUCAGCUUGAA